GUUUAAUGAGAAGUUUGCUCGCUUUUUUUUGUCUGUGUGUAAUUGUCUUGCUCACCGCUGGAGUGUGCGAGACAGUGUCUUUAUGCUCUGAAGUCAAGUCAGAGGAGAGGUGUGCGCCGAGGAAGUUCAAACUUUCUGUCCGUGAUGGACUUGAAUGGAUUGUUCUUUAUUUCAGUUGUUAUUUAUUAAAUUGGAGACCAUAGCACAAGUCGGCCGAUCUGCGUUGAUGGCUCUGGUUUGAGAGCAGCGGCUGGAGUUCUGUCGGAAGUUACAGUCGAAGUCAACAGGAGCUACUGCUAGGGAUUUCCUGGGUUUCUUCUGCGAGGUGUAUUUGGAGUUUCUCUGGGCUUCAGAUGGAGAUUUACUGCUGAUCGCAGAACCGUGCUUCCCUGAAAGAUAUGCAUGACAAUCACAGCUUCUGCCUAAUCGUGAUUUAUUGCCUUUGUGAUUUAAUUUUGAUUAAUCAUACAGCCCCACCUCACAGAUCUAAUCAUACAAAUGAAACGCUAACAUUCUAUUCAAAAAUAACAACAUUCUUAAAAAGACCUACCAGAGAUUCUUCUUCCAGCGACAGACAGCUACCUGCAUGCCAAACAGUUAAAAAUGGAGCUGGUCUACUGAUCGGAAGUGCCUAUUUAAAGGGAAUCCUGCCUACUAUCAUAGGUUUGAAAUGCCUGCAGUAUGGCGUGUGCACAGCAAUCUGCUACAAAGUACCUCAGCAACACCAGGAGAGACCUAGUGACUCGUAUGAAAAACCUUCCUCUGAUCAUUGAGAAUCUUUAUCAGAAGAAGGUUUUCAAUGACUAUGAGGUCGAUGCUCUCAAAGCCGAGAAGACAGAGUUUGAUAAAGCCAGAUGUAUACUGGACUGGGUUAUUAACAAAGGUGAUGAGGCCAGUUAUGAAUUACUCAAGAUUCUGGAUCACAUUAGGAGGAGGACGUUAGAUCCUGGUUUACACCCCUGGAUCAGCUGUUUUCCCUUCAGAGAUGAAGACCCAGAGCCCAGCUGUUUAUUUGGUACAAAGCCCUGUAAAAACUACCAGACACAGCUCAAAAAGAAAGCAGAAAGUUUAUUGAAGGACCAAAGAGAAAGUUUCUGUAAAUAUCUGGAUGACAAGGUACAAGGAAACUUCAGUUUUAUACCUCUUGUUUUAGAGACCGGCUCUGCGGUGAAAACUCCUCAAUGCAAAAUAUAUUUGAAAAACAAAAAAUGCAAAAAGCUACGGCCCAAAAAACUGAGAGCUUACAUUCCUACCGAUGGACAAGCGUUAUCACCUGAGGACCUCCUGAGAUGGAAGGACAAGAGCAUCCUCAUCAUCGGCAAACCUGGAGUAGGAAAGACUACAGUUGUCCAGGAAAUGCUGCGUCUUUGGGCAGAGAAGGAUGGCAGAGAGAUAGACUACAUGUUUUACUUUGAUGAAAGCGUUUUGGCUCACAAUAGUGUUGCCAGCUUGGAAUCUCUUUUGUUUGAUGUGUAUAUAAAACCAAUGGAAAAAGACAAAAAAGAAGUGUUUCAAGAUAUUGAGGAAAACUCUGAGAAUGUUGUCAUUGUGUUUGACUGUGUGAUGGAUUUGGGAAAAAAAUCCAUCUUGUGGAAGAUCAUGAAGCACGAGCUCCUGCCAGAUGCCAAGAUUGUGAUCACAUGCAGAUCAGAGGAGGAAGAUGAUCCACUUUUGUCUAACUGGCCGACACGGACAGUGUAUGUACAAGGAUUCAGUGCAGAGUCUAUCAACACUUACUAUCAGAAGAUGUUGGGUCAUGAUCCUGUUCUUCUAGAAGUUAUUUUGAAGAAUCAAGGGCUCUUCAGUCUUAGUCAUGUUCCGUUGUAUGCAUUCAUGAUUGUAGACUUGAUUAAGUUUAAAAAUUACACUGUAUACAACCAUCCACACACAGUCACUGAAAUCUACAUCCACAUUUUCCGUCUUGCUGUGAAGAAACAUGGGAAUAAACAAAAUAAGCAAAUAGACAUGUACCUGAAAGAGAAGAAGGAUCAGAUCCAUCCCUUGAUAAAAAAUGCUUUCAAUGGCACUAUGCAGAAGUGCCUGAACCUUCCAGAUUUUAGCAGUGAUGACACGGACAUUUGUCAUGCUUUUCUGAAAAUGAUCACAACAACAGACUCACCAACAUCUGCAACUACAUACUGUGCGUUUCUCCACAACACAAUGCAGGAAUUCUUCUCCGCUUUGUGGCUUCUUGGACAUCCAGAUGAAAUUGAGAAAGUCUUACUGCUCUGUCAGAAAGAGGAGCAUAAACACAUGAGAUAUGUUCUUCCUUUCUUAUGUGGACUUCUGAGUGAACACAACACCAGACUCCUCAAGUGUCUCUUCCCAGAGGAUCAGAUAAAGAAAACAUCUGGUUGGUUGAUUGAGAAGCUUUUGGACACAUUUCUUCAAGCUCAGAGUGAGAGUGAAGAGUUUGAUCUUCUCUAUGUGUGUCAGUGCUUGUAUGAGCUCCAGUCUCCUAAAGCCUGCUUAAUGUUCCUGGAGAAGAUGAACCAUCAGCUUGAACCAGAAGUGGAUCUUGAUCCUCAUCAGUGUUGUGCUCUGUCUUACGUGAUCGGUCAGUCCAGAGAUAAAGAGGUUUAUCUGAAUCUGGAGGACUGUACCAUAGCCGAUGUAGGAAUGAACAUGAUGCUCAGCUGCUCACCAAACAUCAGGUUAAAGACUUGUAAAGAACCGCUGAAGCAAAUCAUAUUCUAUGUAGAAUUCUUCCAUAAAUCAUUAAAUCAAUGUGACUGCAAACUUUUUGAGGUGAGAGGAAGAUACAACCCAGAAAAAUUAAAUGGUCUGCUGGAUCUGUACUCACAUGUGAAGAACUAUGAGACUCAAACAGGCAGGAGUUAUCUUCCAGCAUUACAGUCAGUUUUCCAGUCACCUGAUGUCUGGAUCAUAGAUCUCUCAGAGAGAAAGAGCUCGGUCCUCCUGGAAGUGCUGAAGCUCCAGACAGAGAAGAGAACAGUCGAGCUGAGAGGAUGUUCAGAGGAAGAGAGUGACAUGAAGAGUUUCCUUCAGUGUCUGCAACACAUCUCACAGCUUAGGUUCUGGGACAUUGAUGAAGAAGAAGAAAGGAUGUCUGCAGUCAGAUUCCUGCUGAAGCUCUGUGUUGCUGCUGUAGAAACUGAUGAAGAAACAAGAUUCUUGACUCUGCUGUCAUCUGUGUGCAGCUACAAAACCUUCCCUUUUGAUGAAGAGCUUGAUGAUGAUGAUGCUGGUGUUCAGCGUGAUUUCCUGCUGGAUCUGUACUCACAUGUGAAGAACUAUGAGACUCAAACAGGCAGGAGUUUUCUUCCAGCAUUACAGUCAGUUUUCCAGUCACCUGAUGUCUGGAUCAUAGAUCUCUCAGAGAGAAAGAGCUCGGUCCUCCUGGAAGUGCUGAAGCUCCAGACAGAGAAGAGAACAGUCGAGCUGAGAGGAUGUUCAGAGGAAGAGAGUGACGUGAAGAGUUUCCUUCAGUGUCUGCAACACAUCUCACAGCUGAGAAUCUCUGAUCUGAGUGAAAGCGUUCUUCGUGGAUUUCUUCUGAGUCUCUUCAUUAAAGCAGCAGAGAUUGAGACACAGACAGGAGAACAGAUGCUGGAACUGUUAGCAUCAGUCUGCACCAGCUCUUCUGAUUAUGAAUGGACUGACAUAUUUUAUGAUUGGGAUUUCCUGCUGGAUCUGUACUCUCAUGUGAAGAACUAUGAGACUCAAACAGGCAGGAGUUAUCUUCCAGCAUUACAGUCAGUUUUCCAGUCACCUGAUGUCUGGAUCAUAGAUCUCUCAGAGAGAAAGAGCUCGGUCCUCCUGGAAGUGCUGAAGCUCCAGACAGAGAAGAGAACAGUCGAGCUGAGUGGAUGUUCAGAGGGAAGAGAGAGACGUGAAGAGUUUCCUUCAGUGUCUGCAACACAUCUCACAGCUGAGGUUCUGGGACAUUGAAGAAGAAAGAAGGAUGUCUGCAGUCAGAUUCCUGCUGAAGCUCUGUGUUGCUGCUGUAGAAACUGAUGAAGAAACAAGAUUCUUGACUCUGCUGUCAUCUGUGUGCAACUAUGAAACCUUCCCUUUUG